AUGUCUUCCCAUCUACGCGGAAUUUCCGAAGAUUCUGUAGCCUCCCACGACACUGAACUGUCCGCAGAUGCUCGUCUGGCUAGAGCCACUGAAGAAAUUCUGGCAGUUACAGAGGCUCCGACAAAAGAUACAAAAGAUGAAGACAUACUACGGCGGGCCCUAAGUGUGCGCUCCAUUAUAUCAACCUCUUCAAGCUUCGCAGAGCGUAUGCAGCGAGCAAAAUUACUUCAGGAUGCUGCGCUUGUUGUCAUCGGCCGGGGAACAUGCGGUACGAUCUUUGAGAUCCCUGGAACAGAGUCAGCGUACAAAAAAGGAAGCGAUAAGGUCUCGCUGUGGAACGAUGCAAACCUCACCAACAUUGCCUGCCGUGCAGUGAUAGAGACGAAGACUUGUCUUCAGGAGAUAUUCCCAAAUGUCUCAAUCCCUCGUGUGCCUAUAGUGACUGGAUGGAUCAGUGAGAAUGACCUGGAAAACUGGUGGCGAGAGAACCUACGACGAUUCCCAAAGAAUACUCGAAAAACUGGAUAUCUUUUCCAAGUCCAGCGGAUCUUACCGCUUCCUAAGCCUUGCCGUGAAGCUCUUAUUCGCCUCUAUUUUCCGAAGACAAUGCACGAAUCGGCACUUAAGGACCCGGAUAAUAAGGCAUGCCUUAUACGACCAUACCUUGGUCAGCGAAGGGGAGAGAGAGAGUUGUCUAAUCCAGCGCUCAGCCUUCAGAACUUUCCUCUUUAUCUCGAUCAGAUAGAGGAACUCGAGUUAGAGGCUAUCCAACUUUCCGAAGAGAUGGCUAUCGGACUAGCUACCAUUCACUGGAAGGCUUGUUUAGACGGUAUGGACAUGGAAUUCGUACUCGGUAGUGCGACAACAAAUGGAGAACUUCCGACCGUUGUGGAAAACUUCAAGACAGUGGCGCCCUUUGAUAUCCCUGCGGGUGACUUUAAAAGGCGGCAGGUGCAUCUCUGGAUGCUUGACUUCGAUAAGGCCGACCAGCUUUGCCUACACGUAAAGGAGAGCUGGAAGUCUUGCUGCGAUAAAAUGGUCACUGCUGUGACAGCCAACGACCCUUAUUUCCCCAACCCGGCGGCUACAGGAACCCUUGAAGAAAAGUUAUGGGAUACAUUUGAGCGUGCCUAUCUUCUUGCUGCGUCUAAUCUCCUGAUUACUCAGAAGGGUCUACCAAAGAAGGCGGAUAAAUACCCGGCUCAAUUUUUGAAGGCAUGGAAGAAGAGAGCUAUAGAGCUGGCAGAAGACACAGAGGGUGACUUUGUGGAGUUUGGGUGA